UAUUGAUAGUAGUGACAGCACUCUUGAUAAUGAUUAUAUUUGUAAGAAUGAAUCUGAAACUAGUAAUAAAGAAGGUCAAAACGAAGAUAGAACUAGGCUUAAUGUAAAUACUGAUCGAAUUAUGGCAUUUAGUGGACAUCAUUCACUUGGUGGUGUUGCUUCAUAUCAAACUUUCACAAAAAAAAUAAUGAAUACUACUGUUGCUAUAAUUAUUCUGGACAAUCAAAUAGCUUAUCGAAUUCGUCCUAGAAUUACAAAACCAAGACCUUUUAAACUAUUUGACGCAUCAAAGCCAUUUGUCAGUCCACUCAAAAGAUCUUUAGCAAAAAUUAUUGAAAAGAAUACACAAGAGAUUCUUCUGGAAAAAAUUAUUGAAGAAGAUACACAAAAGAUUCUUCCAGCUAUCACUUCAAAUACUGCUUAA